GUAAUCUAUAAUCUAUUACAUUUCCAAAGUAACCUUCCAUACACAGAUAAAGAGAGCAGGGAAGUGACUGUUGACCAGGAAUGAGAAACCUGCUCUACAGACACACCUGUUUUACACAUGUGACACAAACACAGCACCAGGAAGCUGUUUUAGUAACAGACGUCUGGGAAAGAGAAACUGAAGUGCAGUUGAGCUGUGUUUGUGUCUUUUGGUAUUCAUGAGGUAAAAUGGCAGAAGCAAGAAUUUUUGUGGAUCAAAAUGAAUUCAUGUGUUCAGUGUGUCUGGAUCUCCUGAAGGACCCAGUGGCCAUCCACUGUGGACACAGUUACUGUAAGAGCUGCAUUACAGACCACUGGAAUCAGGAGGAUGAGAAGAAAGUCUACAGCUGCCCUCAGUGCAGAGAAACCUUCAAGCCGAGACCUGCUUUAGCUAAAAACACCAUUCUGGCUGAAAUGGUGGAGAAACUGAAGAAGACUAAACCUUCUGCUGACGUUUAUGCUGGAGCUGGAGAUGUGCAGUGUGACGUCUGUACUAAACCAAAAUACAAAGCCAUCAAGUCCUGCCUGGUGUGUCAGGAAUCUUACUGUCGAACUCAUUUUGAGCGACAUGAGGAGUUUCACUCUCGUAAGCCACACAAAGUGAUUGAUGCCACUGAACGACUGCAGGACAUGAUCUGCCAUAAACAUGAGAAACACCUAGAACUAUACUGCAUCACUGAUCUACAGUACAUCUGUGUGAUUUGUAAAGAGUAUGAACAUAAAAACCACAAAAUAGUAUCUGCUGCAGCAGAGAGGACAGAGAAACAGAAAGAGCUGAAGGAGAUGCAGAUGAAGCUCCAACAGAGGGUCCUGCAGAGACACAAAGAUCUUCAGCAGCUGAGAGGGGCUGUGGAGACUCAGAAGCGCUCUGCACAGACAGCAGUGGAGGAAACUGAGAAGAUCUUUAUUGAGAUCAUCCGCUACAUUGAGAGACAAUGCUCUGAGCUCAAGCAGAUGAUCAGAGAUCAGCAAAAGACUGCUGUAAGGGAUGCUGAAGGGCUCAUAGAGCGACUGGAGCAGGAGAUUAAUGAUCUGAGGAGGAGAGAUGCUGAGCUGGAGCAGCUUUCACAGACACAGGAUGACAUGCAUUUCCUGCAGCGUUUCCAGUCUUUCUCCGCUCCUCCUGAAUCUACAGACUUUCAAACGAGUCCGCUUGGUUCUCAGUUUUCUUUUGUUGGGCUGAGAGAAUCUGUUCGGCAGCUGAAAGUCAAACUGGAGGAUCUCUGCAAAGAGGAGGUCAAGAAGAUCACUGACAGAGACACAUUUACCAACACUGUUCCCGAGACCAGGAAUGACUUCCUACAAUAUUCCCAUAAUUUCACUCUGGAUCCAAACACAGUGAAUAAAUACCUCUGUCUGUCUGAGAACAAAAGGGUGAUCACUGAUAUUGAUGCAGUCCAGUCAUAUCCUGAUCAUCCAGACAGAUUUGAUGAUUGGCGGCAGGUGUUGUGCAGAGAGAGUGUGUGUGGACGCUGCUACUGGGAGAUUGAGUGGAGCGGUAAGGUGUUAAUAUCAGUGUCAUAUAAGAGCAUCAGCAGGAAGGGAGGAGGUAAUGAUUGUGGAUUCGGACAAAAUGAUCAGUCCUGGGCUCUGUUCUGCUCCUCUGACAGAUACUCAUUCAGACGAAAUAAGACAGACACUGAUCUCCCAGUAAAGUCCAUCAGCAGCAGAGUAGGAGUGUAUGUGAAUCACAGUGCAGGAACUCUGUCCUUCUACAGCAUCUCUGACACAAUGAGCCUCAUCCACACAGUCCAAACCCAAUUUAGUCAGCCUCUGUAUCCUGGGUUUGGUGUUUAUGGAUCUGUGAAACUGUGUUGAUGAAGCAGAAUGGAUUAUAAAAUUUAACAGAAAUGUC